AUAAAAAGGGCUUCUGGAAUGGUGUGUGCCAUCUCAUCCUUGAAUUCAGCCAUGGCCACAACAUCAUCCACCCACCUCCCACUCCCUCUCCUCCAUCUCCCCCACCGCCGCUUCUCUCCCCCUACGCCGCGCACCACCGUCCUCCGCCACUGGCGCCGGCCGGCCACCGUCCGAGCGGCGAUACAAGGCGACGGCGACUUCGGCGCCAGAGACCCGUUUCCGGCGGAAAUCGAGAGCAGAUUCGGCGAGAAAGUGCUGGGAUUUUCCGACACAGAGCACAAGAUUCUGAUCCCCAGCAUCCCAGCCCUGGCUCUGUCUCAGCAACAGUGCGCUCCCGUUUCUUCUCUGGGGCCUCCCAUGGCGGACGACGAGGCUCAGAAGCUGCUGAAGAAGGUGGUGGGGUGGAGAUUGGUGGACAACGAUGGAUCGGGGCGGCUUAAGCUUCAAUGCUUAUGGAAAUUGAGGGAUUUUGAAUGUGGCGUGGAGCUGAUUAAGAGAAUCUAUGAGGUUGUUCAGGAUUGUGGUCAUUUCCCUGAUCUUCAUUUGGAGCACUCUAAUCAAGUUAGAGCUGAGCUCUGGACAUCCGCCAUUGGGGGAUUGAGUAUGAAUGAUUUUAUUGUGGCUGCAAAACUUGAUGAGAUAAGAACAUCAGAUCUGGCUCCCAGGAAAAGAGUUUGGGCAUAGCUAACGCAACAUCUUUAUUUUCUUGGCAAGCAAAAUUUCCCAGGAAAAUUCUCUUUUCGUAUGAAGAAAACCUUUUAUUUUUCCUUAUUCUUUUUCUCGUUUUGAAUUUUCAUCCUUCUUUGAGGUCUCAUGUAUACAAACUGUUUGAUAAUUUAAUUUCUUAUAUUGAUGAUAGGUAGGGUAUUAAAUUUUUAUCGACA